GGAAAGCCCAGGCCAGAUGGCUUCCUCUGUCCCCCUGUGAGGGAUAUUUUUUACCUCUCCCAAAUGUUCCUAAUUGGAAAUCUUUCCUUAACCAUAAGUCUAUCACACCACCUGCUCCAACUUACCAUGAUAUUAUAAAGGAGGCAAAAAAACAAUUUGCGAAGAUCCAAAAGGACUUUAGGAUGGAAAAGCACAGAAUUAAUGAAGAAAUAAAACUCCUAAGACAGCAGCAGGAAAGAAUUGACAAGGAGCUUGAUAGACUCCAAGCAAAAGCUACCAAGAAACCUUACGAAGUUAAGGAUGACUUUGAGAAGUUCCUACAUAAACUGCGUUCUGAAGCUCAAACUGAGAGAGAAUUUCUGGCAUCACUAUCAUCAUCAUCGUCAACAACAGAAAACUACAACUUUGAGGAAGAAGGUCAAGAAAAACCAGAAAUCAACUGUAUUUAA